AUGAAUUCGUUGUGUUUGCAUUGUCGACGCCACUACGGCCUGUCUGCAUUGUCUACAACGUCAUUGCUCCGUUGCGCCCCGCCGGUUUCGCGCCUCCGUAUCCACCCGACGAACACGUCUCGUCGACGUCCCGGUCAUUUACUGUACGACAUUGCCGCAGAGUUUAUUUCCAGGACUCGAGCAGACAUGGCCGUCAAUGAAUACGGCAGCCGACCGUACACGGUGUUCGUCGAGGGGAACGUGGGCAGCGGAAAAACUACCUUCUUGGAACAGUUCGCAGACUGCCCGAACGUGUACCUCGCCAAGGAACCGGUGCACAAGUGGCAGGACGUGCGCGGCCAUAACUUUUUGGGCCUGAUGUACGAGGACCCGAAGCGGUGGAGCUUCGCGUUCCAGUCGAUCGUGCAGAGGACCAUGUUGGAACUGCACCAGACCAGGCCGAAACUACCCGGCCAGAACAUCAAGAUAAUGGAACGGUCCAUCUACAGCGCCCGAAAUAUAUUUGUUGAAAACUUAUACAAAGAUAAUCUUAUGGCGGCUCCCGAAUAUUCUGUGCUAGAUGCAUGGUAUAAGUGGCUAAUAGAAAAUGUCCAAAUUGAAUCGGACCUCAUAAUUUAUCUGAGGACUGAUCCAGAGAUAGCUUACCAAAGAAUAAAAACCAGGAAUAGGUCUGAAGAAAAAAAUGUUUCAUUGGAAUACAUACAGCAUUUACAUGAAUUGCAUGACAAGUGGUUAAAUGUCCACAUUACUGACGUACCAAAGAAUAUACCUGUAGUGAUUGUUGAUGCUAAUCAAAGUAUGGAUUUAGUUAAAAAGCAAUUUAAAGGUAUUAGAGACCUAAUAACUAAAAAUGCAUCUGCACUUGGAGAACCAAAAACAAGUCCUACAAAUUCUGAAGUUGGUAAAAAUAUAAAUGACAUUCACAUCUCAUCUAAUUGCAAAUUGAUGUCUGACACCUCGACCAUUGUUCCAGCUCAAAGAGUCUAA